GUGAAUGGAGCGUCUUGAAGCAGAGAGAGAGAACGGAGGACUUAACUUGCAGCACUAAAACAUGAGAGCCCCGCAGUUUGCCCUGGUGGGCGCCGUCCUGACCCUGCUGAGCCUGGCCGGCCCCGGUCAUGGAGAAUCCUACUUUGGGGACAGCUUCUGCAACAUCCAAGCUUUCCAAGAUAUAUCCACCUUCCAUGUGUCACUACAGAUGAAGACAAGUCGCAGAAGCGGCCUGUUGCUACUGGCUGCCGGAAUGGAGGACUACCUGUUCAUUGAACUCCAGAAUGGAAAAAUACAGGCUCGGAUGAACCUGGGGGCGGGUGAGGUGACCCUGUCAUCCUCACAAGGUCUCCAGCUGAACAAUCUUCUAGAGCACAAAGUCUCCCUUACACUUCAAGACGCCAAGCUCACCAUGACAGUUGACGAGCUCUUCUCCACCUACGUCCCUGUGAGCAUAGACGGGGAGCAGCUUAACAUUGACCUGGGUAUUUGGCUCGGAGGUGCCGGAGAUCUUGACGCUCCCUACCUUAGCAACGCCAUUCCACCUUUCCGAGGAUGCAUGACUGACGUCAAAUUUGAGUCCCAUGACUUUGACAUUCUCAGCACGCUGUUUAAACAAUGCCACGACACAAAGGGAUCCUGCAGCAGUGAGUUUGAAGCGGGUGAUGGAGAGGCGACCAGUUUCAGCACUCCUGAUUCUUUUGUCUCCUUUCCCACUUGGAGUGGUGCAAGCGGAGCACCGAGAGUUUUGGAGUUCCUCAUGAAAACCACCAUUGAGGACGCCCUUCUCGUUUUCCACCCUGGGAGAGAGAGCGACUUCAUUGCUCUUGGCAUUGUAAAAGGCUACCUGAAAGGUUUGCUGGAUUACGGAAAGGGCAUGGAGGUGCUUGAGAACACAAAGGUGCAGCUGGAUGACGAUCAGUGGCACAGAGUUAAGGUGCAGGUCAGUCAGGAAUCGUUUGAUGUUAAUGUCGACAGCGAGGUAGUCUCCCUACCUCUUGACUCGUCACAAAAACUGGACUUGGUAGGAAACUUGUAUUUAGGAGGCAUCCAGGCUAAAAUGAAGGAUCUCUUUCGUGAGAGUGGGUCACUGAACCGUGCAGAGGAUGAGAUGACCGCCGAGUCUUUUAUCGGAUGCUUGGGCGAGAUCAAAGUCAAUCAGAAGGAUAGGAGCCUCCAGGAUGCUCUGGUAACCAAAGAUGUUCACGUUAAAUGUGAAGGAGAGGACUAUGACUACUCUAGUUAUUAUGACACUGAUGCAACGACAACUUCCCCACCGCCCCGCACCCGCUACGUGGAUAUUGAGACAACUGAAUCGCAUUGCUACCCAACAGACGACAUGCCAGAGGUAUUCAAAAACGUAACUAAGCUCCUUGAGGUUACCCCGCUGCUUGUACCUGAAGGGGGAGAAGUUAUUCUUACCGUGGACAACCUCAGUCCAACCUUUGACCUCAGCGCUGCAGGGAUGCGUCAGUCGCAGAUUGUCUUUUCUCUCAAGAGCGACCCCUGGUAUGGUGUGGUUGAUAUGAAUAUCAACACAAAGCGCACACAAAAAUUCACUCUUUUGGACGUUGUCAACCAGAAAAUCAAGUACAUGCACGAUGGGCAUGAAAGGCACGCAGAUAGAAUUCACCUGGAUGUGGUUGCUAGCAGUAACAGCUACCUUCCAGAAUGUCUUAAAACAUCGCAGAGUUACGUGGUACCAGUUGAAAUCCUUCCCGUCAAUGACAUACCACAACUGAGCGGAGGAGAAAUCACCAUUACAGAGAACGGCAGGACUCGCUUGAGCUCCAGCUUAAUCAAAAUCACGGAUUCUGACACCCGCUGUGACAACUUAGUGGUAAUUGUCACCUCAGAGCCUACCAUGGAAGCAGGUUACCUUGAGAACAAGCAGGAGCCAGGACGAAGGCUCACAGAGUUCACUUGCAGGGAACUUAAGGAAGGGAACAUCUAUUAUGUACACAAAGGAGGUGAAGCUGAUUCAAUAACCCUAGAAGUAUCGGACAGACAAUCUGUCAGCCACUCUGCAACUUUUAAACUGGCUUUGACGCAGCCACACAUGACAAUAGUAACCAAUACUGGCCUUGCCUUGGCUCAAGGUAGCAACGCUUCAAUUGGUAUUAACAACUUGGCUGUCCUAACACACCCUCGUAAUGGAGAUGUUAUUUAUAACAUCACACAGCCGCUGAUGUUUGGGGAACUGAAAAUAAUGACAGGUGAUGGCAUGUGGAAGCCAGUGAAUUCGUUUCAGCAAUCCGAUCUGGAUCAAAACCACCUUAGGUACAUCAGCACGGAUUCAAGUGACCAAGAAGAUGUUGUCGAGGAAAGGAUUCAGUUUGACACACACCUGGGAAAGUUCUCCCUGUGGAAUAACACAUUCUUAGUCAAGAUCAUGCCUUCUCUUGUGAAACUCUCCACACUGGUCCCACUAGAAAUGCAGUCUGGUGAGGAAGCAACAAUUGGACCCACUGAGCUUCAGGCAGAGGUGAAAGGAAAAAACUCAGAACCUGAAUCUGUUAAGUACAUCCUUGUCAAGCCUCCGACACUGGGUAGUCUCCAGCUACUGGACGUAGAUUUGACUGAUGGAGAUACCUUUACCCAGAGAGACAUUAUGGACAAUUAUAUCACCUACAAAGUCCCAAUGCGAAAAGCUGUGGAAAGUACAGAUCAAUUCCAGUUCAAAGUAUUUGCAGAGGAUCAGUACUCUCCUUUGUACACAUUCCCAAUUAACAUCCUCGCUGAUCCGGAUGCCCCCACUCUAACCAAUGAGGCGCUAAUUGUCCUACAUGGUAGUGAGGGUGUUGUGGACAAAAGUCAUCUUUGGAUUGAAUCAACUAGCCUUACAGAUUUUAUGUACCAGAUCACUCAAGAACCGAAACAUGGGCGACUCAUAAGGGAGUCCCCACCUGGUCAGCCUCGAUUUGAGGGAGCGAUUAGAGUGUUCAGUAAUGAAGACCUCCAACUCAACAGGCUAAUAUACCAGCAUGAUGGUUCCAGGACAGUUAGUGAUGACUUUCACUUCACUGUGUUUGAUCAGGACGCAGACAAAUUUGGGGUUCAGGAAACAAUCAGUGGCAUUUUCAGGAUAUCAAUCCAAAGCAAGAACGAGCACGCUCCCCUGCAGGUUGUUGACAAGGUUUUCGACGUGGUCCGCCAUGGUCAGCGCCUACUAACGACUGAUUAUAUCUGCUUCAAGGACGACAACGCAGGUUUUAAUGAAUCCCAGAUUGUCUAUUCUCGUGAGGGAAUCCUCUCUGGCAACAUUGUCUCCGCGCUGAAUCCCUCGCAAUCCCUUUUCCGUUUCACACAAGCCGACCUGCGCGCUAAAAAGGUCCUCUUCAUUCAUCACGGAGCCGAUCAAGAACGCUUCUCGCUGCAAGUGUCCGACGGCUUUCACAAGACAACCGCUCUGCUGCAGAUCCAAGCCAGCGAAGCCUACCUCCGAGUGGUCAACAACACCAUGAUCGUCAUUGACCACGGAGGCACCAUGACCCUCGACACGACGCUGCUGAGUGCCGAGUCCAACAUGGACAUCAAGCAUGACGGUGAGAUCGCGUUUCACGUCACGUCCCCUCCAAGUGACGGCAGGAUCAUCGUCAGCGGGGUUGAGGCCUCGGAAUUCACCCAGGAGGACUUGAAGAAGGGUGUUGUGUCCUACGAACAUAACUAUGAAAGUCAAAGGUCUAAAGAUGCCUUCAGCUUCACGCUCAAAGCAGGAGGACGUUCAGUGGAGGGCACAUUCAGGAUCAAAAUAUUCAAACAAAGUUACUUCUCCGGGCCUGUGGUGCUAACCAAUGAAGUCAUUAUUGCCUACGAGGGGGAGCACACCGUUAUCAACUCAAACUAUCUCAAGGUGGAGCAAGCGGACAUCCUGCCAACAGAGAUGGUGUUCACCAUCAAAGAGCCGCCGCGCCUCGGCCACGUGGUCAAGCUCACAAACAGCUCCGACGGCACAGACACGCCGCUCCUCGACUACAUUCACUCAUUCACGCAGGACGACGUCCAGCACGGCCGCAUCCUCUACGUGUCUGCAUCCAUCCAGGGUCUUGACGGCUUCACCAUGGACGUCAGCAAUGGUUUCACCAUGUUGGAGGACCUGCGCGUCACCGCCAACAUCGUGCCUCGCCUCAUCCCCAUCCAGACCUUCAACUUCACCGUGAAGGAAGGCCUCAGGCAUAUCGUUGACGACAAGGUCAUCAACAUCUCGCACCCCUUCUACAACUCCAUCAACAUUGAGUUUGUGGUGGAGGAGCCGCCGCAGCACGGGGAGAUACGUUACAAGGACGGAGACGAGGUCACUUACUUCACGUGGGAGGAGAUAAAGCUUGGACACAUUUACUACGUGCACGACAGCACCGAGAGCACCGAGGACAGCUUCACCGUCUCCGCUACGGCUUAUGAGAUCGAGCGCCGCAGCCUUCCCGUCACCGUCUCUGUGAUUGUCAGGCCCGUUAACGACGAGCCGCCGAGACUGACGCGCAACACGGGCCUGGAGGUGCUCCCCGGCGAGGAGGCCGACAUCACGUCCAGCAUGUUAACCACAGAGGACGCCGACACCCCCACGGAGGCGUUGGUCUACAACCUGGAGGCCACCACCGGCGGCAUGGCGGCGUUCAAGGAGUUCCCGGAGGAGGCCAUUGCCAACUUCACGCAGGCCCAAAUCGACAAGGGGGAGAUCAUCUUCAUCCACGAGGGCGAGGAGUCCGGCGGCUUCAGCUUCACGGUGACGGACGGCCAGCACACGUCUCCUCUCUACAGGUUCGUGGUCACGGCCAGGCCCCUCACCAUCUCCAUGGUAACGCAAGAGGAGCUGAUGGUGUUUCCAGGAACGAGGCAGCCCAUCACCAGCGCCAAUCUGGGGGCCGUGACUAACGAGGAUGGAAAUGAGAUCAGCUACUCGCUGGUCCACCCUCCGCGUUUGGGCCGACUCAUCAUGGCCAACGACAACAACCAGAUGGAGGAAAUCAGCCGCUUCUCCCAAACGCAGCUGGAGUCAGGAGUGAUCUUCUACGAGCACCAGAUGCCCGAGGAGCCCUUCUGGGUCGUGAGGGACUCGGUGGAGCUCAAUCUGUCGUCGCAGCCCGCCCCGGACGUCCGCCACUUGCUGCCCAUCACCGUGUCGUACUACGCCACGCAUAGCAACAUCUCCUCUCAGCUGUGGAGGAACAAAGGUCUAGAAAUUGUGCAGGGCCAGAGAACAACAAUUGAUGAUUCCAUCCUGGAUGCUUCCAACCUCCUGGCUAGCCUUCCCGAGUCGGAGAGAGCCGAAGCAGACGUGGUCUUCGAGAUGAAGCGCUUCCCUGACCAUGGACGCAUCACUCUUGGAGGUCAGGACCUUCCUCGGGAUGCACCCUACUUCAUGCAGGAAGACGUGACCCUGGGCGAGCUGGAGUAUCUCCAUGAUGACUCAGGGGCCUCCUUUGACAGUUUCACCUUCAGGGCCCGUCUGAAAUCUCAGGGUGGUAGUUUGAGCUCCCCUGCCGACUCUGUUGUCCUAGAGGAAAUAUUCAAUGUCUCCAUCAAACGACGCGGCUCAGAAUCCCCUGAACUCGUCACUAUUGACAUGCUACUGGAGGUCCUGCAAGGAUCUAUGGCCAUUUUGACCCGGAAGCAUCUGAACACUCGUGAUGAAGAUAGUCUACCAGAUGAAGUCUACUUCAAGGUGACCAAAGCGCCAAAAAAUGGGCACUUGGUGGAUGCCCACACCAGGGACACUAUCUCUGAGUUCACCCAAGAGAUGAUCAACAACGACCAGGUGGGCUUUGAAAGUGACGGAAGCCUCGCAGACGGCUUUGUGGAAUUCAUCGUGUCGGACGGAGAACACAACACGGAGCCACACACGCUCCACAUAGGAGUACUCGCUCGCACCCUCAUUCUGGACAAAGCCCCUGAGAUCAAAGUGAAGCAAGGAGAUGACGAGACUAUUGUGACUGAAGAGAUGCUGAAAGCAACCACUGGCGGUCCUGUGGAGGAAGACGUCCUCUACAAGAUCACAAGUGUCCCCAAGUACGCGGCAGUCAUGGUAGACCGACAGCCUACGUCGGCCUUCACCCAGAAACAGAUCAAAGAAGGAAGAGUGAGCGUCCGCUUUGUGAAGUCUACUUCACCUCGUGACAGCGUGGCCUUUGUCGCUCGCAGUCGAGCGGCUAAUGUGUCAUCUGUGCUCAACAUCACAGUCCAACCUCUGGCCAAGAUAGCUGAGGAUCCCCUCCUACCUCAAGACUCUCUUGUUCAACUGGACAGCAAGCUUCUGGACGCAACGCCCCUGGCAAACAAGACCAGGACCUCCCCAACGUUCACCGUCAUCCAGCAGCCAAAAGGAGCUCGAUUUGUCAGAUCCGGAGGUCCUGGUGCAGGCCAGCCAGUGGACUCGUUUAGCCAGCGGGACCUGGAUGAAGGGCGUGUUGCUGUAGAAAUCCCAAAAAGCUCUUCUGGGGCCCAAGAUGAGGUCACUCAAGAGGAGGCCCGCUUCUUACUUAAGGCUCAUGGAGUACCCCCAGCCGAGUGUGUGCUUAGUUUUCAAACAGGGCCAUACAAUGCUUCUGGGGUCUAUCCCGCAACUCUACUGAGGGUCCCCUCAGGGACCCCAUCGAAGGACAAUAAUGAUGUUGGUGGGUCUCCCCGUGCGACUCCCGAAAGUCCUCUUUGGAAAGCCAACAAGGACCAGCCCCAGGCAGAGGCCACCACGGCAGCUCCCUCUGACACCGGCUCCCAUAAAAACCCAGUAGUUUCCCGACGCGGCAAUGUGUGGUCCAUUCUCAUCCCCAUCUUGGUCAUUCUCAUUCUCCUGCUCCUGGCAGCCCUCUUGGCUUACUAUCUGGUGCGCAAAAACAAGACAGGCAAGCACAAUGUCCAAACGGCAGCAACCAAGCCGAAAAACGGAGAGGUGGCCGGCACGGAAACCUUUCGGAAAACCGACCCAGCCAAUAGCAUCCCCAUGUCCGACAUGGAUCCCAAAGAGGCCGACCCGGAGUUGCUGCAGGACUGUCGAACGACGACUCCAGCCUUGAAAAAGAACCAGUACUGGGUCUGAGACUUUGGACUUUCCCCCCGUGAGAGGUGGAUCCUUAAUUGUUUGGAGCGCCGCCUCCUCCGAGUCUUCUUCUCAGUAUUACAGACUUCUUGCCGCAGUGAUUGAUGGAUUUUUGUUCUCGGACGCCAACUUAUCUCGACAUUGACUGUGGACUGAUUCUCAGGCAACAAGGCACUGAAUGGUUGUUUGACAAGGCGAGAGGCAGUUUCUUAUCUUCCAGUGCCACGUCUAUUUAUUUUUAUCAUUCCUCUUCGUCAAAGGGCACAAACGACAUGAACAUGCUCCGUGUUUGCAAAAAGAAAACAUUCUGGCUGUGCUUUGCCAGCUUUUAACAUUGGCCCAUGUUUAAGGGGAGCUUCGCUUAUUUUUUUAUGUCGCCCAUCAUUCACAUUCCUUAUGUGAGACAAGAACAUACUCGUCUUUGUCUUUUCUGUGCGUGCGAAGUAGUGAAAAACUGCUAGCUAACAACACAUGCAAUGGGAAUUGACCACUCUUAAAAGGGUUCAACUCCAACAUUUUAUAUUCAUACUGUAAGUAUAGGUUUACAGUAACACCAGGCACAUCCAUAAUAACAUGUCAUAUUUACAGUAUUUAGGCUAUUUUUUGUAUCCUGUUUUGCCCUAUUUUGGCAAUUUUAAGCAUUACCGGAAAUUUUUAAUUUUACAGUGACGCUACUUUCGUCAACAACAACAGCACUGAGAGCGACAGCUACUUUAGGACAAAUGAGGAUCCAGAACCUUAUCUUUUUGAGCCUAAAUAUACCGAUGGUUAUAGAAGCAGAGCGGGCGAGAAGAGUCGUUAUCAAGUAUGAGGACGGAGCUUGCACACCGAGAGGCAUGCUAGCUAAGCGAGCUAGCUAGCUAGCGGUUAAGCUAGCUUGAAACAAUAGAAGAAAUAAGUAUAUAGUAAAGCUGAAGAAGUGUAGGUUGAAGUACGUUACAGCAAAAAGUAAGCAGAUAUUAACGGGCGAAAAAGUAGAUUAAUUAGAGUUAGCGAGAGAAUAAUAUAACAGUUAACUGUCAGAAUUAUCGCAACCAGAAGUGCAGGACAUGUAAAGAGGGGGAAAUGAUCCAUAAAUGAUGGUGCCGAUACCAGGGUUAAUAUCAGGACAUGAUCGAUACUAGAGUGAUUAAGUCGAUAUUUUAAUUUUCGCAAAAUCAUUUUUUGUCGUUUUUGUUAAUGUUUACAAAUUCAGCAGCCACAAGACAAUAAAAUAACGUUGAGAACUUGUUGAAUUUGGUCCUGACGUUGAGCAACUCAAACAUAACUUUGAAACAACAUGCUUUUUGACGACGUUUAGUCAAUGUUGUGUUUGGACGUUGAUAUGAUCAUUGAAAUUUGGUCAUUUCCCAACCAAUAUUCGACAACACGAAUACAAAUUUGAAACAACAUGCUCUUUAAAGAGGUUUAAUCAAUGCUGGGUUCUGACCUUGAUUUCAACCAUUGAAUUUCGGUCAUUUUCCAACCAAUAUUC